AUGUCGUGGCUACUUGGUCAUGCUGAAACGUCCUACACCCACCACACCUCGCCCAUCCCGUUGGUAACAAAAUCCGGGACCAAGACCACGCUUCCAGAACUCGCCCAGUCCUCAAUACCACCAUGUCGUCUGAACCCUUUCCUCUUCAAUGGACAUCUCCAAACGAUGUACACGGCCGUCAAGGAUCCUGGACCACCCAUCUACUACAAGCGUCAUCUCUAUACAUCCAACCACACCGUCUACCCCGGGACCUUUGCAGUCGACUUCGUAGUCAGCAAGGAAGAAGGCUUCGAAGCAGCCAAGGACACCGAGCUCCCUGAACGCACGGCACUCUACACCAGCAGAGAGUGGGAGAACCUAGGCAGCGAUGACAACAAGCCCAUGCUGAUCGCCCUCCACGGCCUGACCGGCGGAAGCCACGAAGUGUACCUGCGCGAGACCCUCGCGCCACUCACAGCAUCUGGGUGGGAAGCCUGCGUGGUCAACGGGCGGGGCUGCGCUCUGUCCAAAAUCACCUCACCGCAGCUGUUCAACGCACGUGCUACCUGGGACGUGCGGCAAGCGAUUCAAGAACUGCACGCGCUGUUCCCCAACCGCCCGCUCUACGCCGUCGGGUACUCGCUCGGCGCCAACAUCCUAACCAACUACUGCGGCGAGGAGGGGGGAAAGUGCGUGCUCAAGGCCGCUGUUGCGAACUCCAACCCGUGGAACCUGGAGGUGUGUAACGUGGAGCUGAAUAGGACGUGGUUGGGCGUCGAAGUGUACUCGCGCACCAUGGGCAGGAACUUGAUGGGUCUGUACGAACGGCACAAGGAGCAGAUGGUGCAGGACCCAGGGAUCAAAGCCGAGGUGAUUGAGAAGUGCAAGUACUUGUACGAGUUUGAUAGACACGUGCAGUGUCCGACGUGGGGAUACCCGACAGAAGGAGCGUACUACAGGGACGCGCAGAGCGUGGACGCGUUGGUUGCGAUCAGGGUGCCGUUUCUAGGAAUCAACGCAGAGGAUGAUCCGGUACGUCUACAUCUCGAGUUUCCCCUGACUGAACGUCUCGAGUUUUCCAUGACUGAACGUCUCGAGUUUCUUAUCAUUGAACGUCUCGAGUUUCUUAUCAUUGAACGUCUCGAGUUUCUCAUCAUUGAACGUCUCGAGUUUCUCAUCAUUGAACGUCUCUCUUACGAUACACUACAGAUCUCCUCCAAAGCCGCCAUCCCGUACGAAGAGUUCAAGCAGAACCCGUACGCGCUGCUGUGCACCACCAACUGGGGCGGCCACCUGGGGUCCUUCCAGCUCGGCGGCGGCCGAUGGUUCGCAACCGCCACGGCGUCGUUCCUGAGCAAAGUGCACGAGACCAUCGACCACGGCGCGUCCAAGGUCUCGCGCGGCGAGGACAAGGUCGAGGCGCCCAACAAGGCGUAUCCCAUCUUCGACCCCAACAACAGACGACUGAUCCUGCCGGAGGCGUAG